GUGAUUUCUGGUGGGGUUCUCUCUAUCUCUAUCUCUUUGCCAAGUUUCUGAGUUCAAUUCGGGGGAGUUUUCAAAGAGAGACAGAGAGAUAAAGGCCAAUGAGGAAGCCUUGCUGUGACAAACAAGGCACCAACAAGGGAGCCUGGUCCAAGCAAGAAGAUCAAAAGCUCAUUGAUUAUAUACGUAUUCAUGGUGAGGGCUGUUGGCGUUCCCUCCCCAAGGCUGCAGGCUUGCACCGUUGUGGCAAAAGUUGUAGGCUAAGAUGGAUAAAUUACUUAAGACCGGAUAUCAAACGCGGCAACUUUGCUCAAGAUGAAGAGGACCUAAUUAUCAAGCUCCAUGCCCUCCUUGGUAACCGGUGGUCAUUGAUAGCUGGUAGAUUGCCUGGAAGAACCGAUAAUGAGGUGAAGAACUAUUGGAAUUCUCAUAUAAAGAGAAAGCUAAUCAAAUUGGGAAUUGAUCCUAAUAACCAUAAGCUGAGCCAAUAUCCCCUUCGUCCUCAACCGCAACAUGUUUCCCCUAGUUCUCCCGCAUCCUUGAAUGUGGCCCGUAAGCCUAGAAGGUCUUCGGUCGACAAAGACAGGGUCUCAGAUGCAGCAAGUUGCCUCGACGAUGAAAGAUCUGGUCGUGUUUCAAAAUUGGAUCUUGGUCUUACAAUUGCAUUUCCGACUACUCCAACCAAUCAUAUUGAAGAGAAGCAGCAGAAUACAGCAUCAAUAAUGACAAGUGAAGAAGAAAAUUAUACAGCUCCUACCCUUCUUCUUUUUAGAUGAUCAGAAAGAGCCUGAUAUAUAUGGAGAUUCUUGCAAAGACCACUGUGGGCUGGGGCUGAGGGCUGGGACAAGCAAAAGAACAAAUUAAGAAGGAAACAUAUCAAAUAUUUUUUGGAAAUGAAGGAUGAUGGAUAGAAUCAUAUAUAUCUGAUUUUUGUACAAUUGGAGAAGGAAGAUAAGCUGAACAAUUCUCUCUGAACAAAGGGUUGAAGCCUCUACAAUUUAGAUUUGAUCUGUUGAAUUGUAUUAUCGAUUGUAUAUAAUUUGGUAGAAGCAAAUUAUAUUUCAACUCUAGGAGGCUAACACCAAUUAACUGAGAGACAGAAUGUAGAAACUUCGCAUCAGUUUUCGAAAAUGCUGCCUAGAAAGGAGCUUCUACAUCAAUCUUAUUUUCAACACUUCAACCUAAUGUAGUAGGAUGAGGGCAGAUCUAUGAUUUCUGUGUUAUCCUGUAUGUUGUAGUUAUGAAUAAUAUGAUCAUAAAGCUAACGACCUGAUGCCAUGGAGACUUCAA